GUUCUCCAGCUGUCCCGCCUCCAGGCCUUGUCUGGACAAGGAGCCAGGCGUGUCGGAGGCAGUGGCGGCUCCUCCCCCGCGGGCUCCUCCCCCUGGCCAGGCGCUUCAUGCGGCUGUUCUGGCCGCACAGCCUGGCUGCGGCUCCGGCUUGGGGUUCCUCCGGCGAGGAUGGAGCAGUAGCCGAGCCUCCUUUUCCUCGCAGGAAUCGCCUGCGGUGGUACUGACCAUGAGCUCCGAGCGUAGGGAGCAGGCGGCGCCCCGGUCUGACGGAGGUGGCUGCGCCUGUGGCCGCCGGGGCAGCGGCGGAGGCAGCUGGCGCCUCUUCCUGGGCUUCUUCGCGCUCUCGCUUGCGCUGCACCUCCUUACCCUGGGCUGCUACCUGGAGCUGCGUUCCGAGCUCCGCCGGGAGCGGGACCCCGAUCCCACGCCUUCUCCCCGUCAUGGGGGUACCGCGGCAGCCCAGGGCUCCUCUGGCUCGGCCCGCCUGCAGCACCUCGCCGAACCCACGGACCGCCGCCAGCAGCUGGCCUUGCUGAAUUUCUUCCUCCCUGAAGAAAAACUGCAUCUUGAAGAAGAAACUAGGCAUGUCCGCCGAAAUAAAAGGAGUAAAAGUAGUGAAGGACCUGAUGGUCCAAGUUCAGUUAAAAACAAGAAAAAGGGUAAAAAGGCUGGUCCUCCAGGGCCCAAUGGUCCUCAAGGGCCACCAGGACCUCCUGGACCCCAGGGGCCCCCAGGAAUCCCAGGGAUCCCUGGAAUUCCAGGCACAACUGUAAUGGGACCUCCUGGUCCUCCUGGUCCUCCUGGCCCCCAGGGACCACCUGGGCUUCAGGGCCCUUCAGGUGCCACAGACAAAGCUGGCUCCAGGGAGACACAGCCAGCUGUGGUUCAUCUGCAGGGCCAAGGGUCAGCAAUUCAAGUAAAGAAUGGUGGAGUGCUCAAUGACUGGUCUCGCAUCAUUAUGAACCCCAAGGUGUUUAAGCUGCAUGCACGCAGUGGGGAGCUGGAGGUACUGGUGGACGGCACAUACUUCAUCUAUAGUCAGGUAGAAGUGUACUACAUAAACUUCACAGAUUUUGCCAGCUAUGAGGUGGUGGUGGAUGAAAAGCCAUUCCUACAAUGCACCCGGAGUAUUGAGACAGGCAAGACCAACUUCAACACCUGUUACACAGCUGGAGUCUGCCUCCUCAAAGCCAGGCAGAAGAUUGCAGUGAAAAUGGUCCAUGCUGACAUCUCCAUCAACAUGAGCAAGCACACGACUUUCUUUGGGGCCAUACGGCUAGGAGACGCACCAACAUCUUAGAUGAACUUGGCGUAUACAUGGAGUCUCCCAGAACUGCACAGUGCUGCUUUUCAUAAGAAUAUGAGGGGGUUCUAUAAUCCAGCCACAAAGAAAACUGAUCCAGAGCUAUUUAUUUCUUUACGUGGAUACAGGAAGAGCAAGGUCACCUGUGAUUUGCGUGGAGACUUGUAUUGGAAAGGCAGUUGAGAAAGCAUUGUGAGGAAGAAAGGCUAGCAUGUCCUUUCUUGCCUCAGUGUUUCAAGUAUUACUGCACUGAUAUUCUGCUCUGUGGUCCUCACCAGAGAUUUCUGGUGAGAAUGAUAUGGGUUUCCUGCUUUUAUGUUGCACUAGCUAUAGCAUCCAUGGCAGUGGCAGAAGGCGAGAAAAGACAGACUUUCUGAUGAGUUGUUCUCUCUAGGCACUCAUGCACUGCUGCCUUUUCACACUGAGGGCAAGAAACCUGUGGGGUUUCUCCACCUACGAGGGAGAGUUCAAUUUUAGGGCAAUGGCAUUGCAGUGUGAAAGGUGAGAAUGCGCCCUAGACAGUGGUGUUCAUCCUCUGGGCUGUAAGAAUAAGUAGGUUGAGUGCUUCGUUACGAGGCUUGGAAGCAAGCUGCAAAUGUAAUAAGCAUUUGAUGAGCAUUAAAACAUAGUCACAAAAUAAAAUGAUACCACAUAAAAAACUCUCUCACCAUUUUGCAAGCCCAGCAUUGAGAUGUUCUAGGCAGCAAUGACCACGAGAUGUUUCAGUGCCACUGGUACUUUUAAGCUCCUGCCAUGUGCCCAGAGGUUUAAGUUGCUCUAAUGGGCACUUCCUGGAAGUGGUGGUGUUGCAACAGCAACUUGUGAUUUUACAAAACUAACUUGUUGCAUGUGAGGAAAUAUUUACAUAGGCUUCGUAGUGCAGCCUGCUGCAAACACGGCUACACACACACACAUACACUGCAGCAUCCACUGAAAUGGGUUUUUUUAAGAUUAACAUAUACAAGCAAACAGGGAAAUCUUUUCUGUUAUUGGCAAUUAUGUGCUGAGUUCUAGGUGCUUUAUUCUUUUCCUAUACUAGUGAAGAAUCUUUCAUUUCUUGUCUGCCUUUCUCUAUCAGAAAGACAGUGUAAUAAGUGGUGAUUAACUAUUUUCCAGCACGACCUGUACUGAAAACUUUGGUCCAACGCAUACACACCCUUCCCACUUCUCUUUUCUCUGGACUCAACUGAUUCUAGUCCCAAUGUACCUUUUAGGCAUUAACGGAAAAAUUAGAAGAAUGUUUCUUCAGGCUUUCUGAGCAGCUCUUUCCUACUAUUUCCAUUUGACUGGUGAACUCUAAAUCCAAGAGCUGUACUUGAAUUCGGGAAGAGGAAAGGGCUUUAUUCAAAAUAAACUGGCCAUCUUUGAACAGAGCUUUCCCCAAAAAUACAGAUUAUAUAUGGGAGGGUGAUAGCUCAGUCAAUAUAUUAAAAUAAAAAUGAAUUUCUGGAGAUUGGAAGAAAAUCCUAAACAGACAGCCUGGUGCUACCUUCCUCUUUACCAAUAAAGGCUACUUGACAGUGAUAACCUAUUGGCAUUUGAAAAUGACCCUCCAGCAGCACCACAAAGGCAGGAAUUGGAUUAGUCAACAAAGGUGCCAACCUGUACUCUUUAGCCCAGAGUACCCUUAGCUUCAAUGUUCUUCCCCAUUCAUCAUGAGCGAUGUCAAUGUAUAAGGAGAAAAGCACCUUCCAAAGACUGACAUUCCUAUGAGAGAAAUGCGUCAUAGGGGGAACUAGCCUUUGAGUUCAGACCUCGCUACUCGUUGGAGGGGUAUAGUUAUGCCAUAAGUGCAUGACACAAUUCCCUAUUAUUCUUUUCUUCAUAUGAUCUGCCUCCUUUCCAUCCUCAACAUGUUGGACUAGCAUGAGCAUUAGGACAUUUAACUAGUUUUCAGUGGUUUGUUUCCCUCAGAAUCGAUUAGAAAGACACAUUCUUCAGAUAACAAUGAAAUUGGGAAAUGUUUGUGAUGGGAACCUCUGUUAACCAACUCAUUAACAAGUAUACUUUUAAAUAUAGUCUACUUAAACGACAAGACUAGGGACAAGCAAAAGUAGUGAAAUGACAGGGAAGAGCAUGAUGGAGUUAGUUAUGCUCUUGUGUCCCAUUGUGCUAGGCCCCAUGAUUCCGAGUUGAAUGAUAAGGCUUCCACUAAGCAGCAAUAUUCCAUCUGUGCAAAGGCAGAACACUCACUGUGGGGAGCACCAUGUAUCUCUGUCUAGCACUCCUCCUGGCAUGUACAUAGAACAGCAAUGAAGGACUCCGGAAGGAACAGAAUAGCGCCUUCCUCAUCAGCUUUAAUUUUUUUGUAUGUUCAGUUAGUAGAAUGCACCUUUUCUGAUUUUGCAUUAGACCAAAUGGUGAAUUCAUUAUAACUUGAGUUCCACAGCAUCGAGCACAGGAGAUUGGGGAGCACAUGACCUGAAGAACUCUGAUAGUAUGUUAAGGGCCAUAUUCAUUACUGGCAUAAGUGAAUGUAACUCCAUGAGAGAGUGAAUUGAGCCAUAAAGAGCCUUUUUAUAAAUGAAAAGCCAAUGGCUUUUCUAGCAGCAAAAUCUCAUUAAUGGAGUAUUAGAUGACAUUCUUAAAAUGACUUAACUUAUUAUAAGUUCACCUAGGUCGGGGUGGGCAAACUACAGCCCGGCCUGCGAGCCAUUUUAAGCCGGUCCCCGAGCUCCUGCUGGGGAGCUGGGUCGGGAUGGCACCACACGGCUUGGCCCCACUCUGGCACUCCAGCCAGGGUGCCAGGCCGGGGGCCACACCAUGCAGCUCGGCCCUACUCCGGCUCUCCAGCUGAGGCAUUGGGUCGGGGCCGCACCACGCGGCUCCUGGAAGCCGCAGCAUGGCCCUGCUUUGAGGGUCAGGGUCCGCUCCACACCUAGGAGCCGGAGAAGGGACAUGCCACUGCUUCCGGGAGCCACUCGGAGCCUGCACCCCAAGCCUCUUCCCACACCCCAACCUCCUGCCCCAGGCCUGAUCCCCCUCCCACACUCCAAACCCCUCAAUCCCAACACAGAGUACCCUCCUGCACCCCAAACCUCUUAUCCCCAGCCCCACCCCAGAGCCCGCACCCGCAGCCAGAACCUGACCCCGCACUCCUGCUCCAGCCCAGAUCCCACUCCAAACCCCUCGGUCCCAGCCCAGAGCACCCUCCUACACCCCAAACUCAUCUCCAGCCCCACCCCAGAACCUGCACCCCCAACCAAAGCCCUCACCCCCUCCUACACCCCAACCCCAAUUUUGUGAGCAUUCAUGGCCCACCAUACAAUUUCUAUUCCCCAAUGUGGCCCUCAGGCCAAAAAGUUUGCCCACCCUGACCUAGGUUAUAGCAUGGAUUCUUUCUGCGACAUCUCAGGGCCCCUGAUUAAUUUUCUGGUGGUGCAAAGAAAGGACUUGAGCAGAAGAGGUGUGAGACCAGACUGUAGUCUCCAGGGCGAAAAGAGAUACUGUGAGAGAAUUUAACAAGAUUCUAAGGAAAAUAGGGGCUUGCUUCAGUCAUCCACUGUGAUGUCUUCCGUUCUGACAGGCGUCAGUUGCUAAUCAGGUUGAGAAAAGGGAGUGCUUUGUUAAUGGACAAAUGUCGAGCAUAUCAGGAAUUCUGGUGUGUAGUGCUGUGCUCUGCAAAUGCAGCCCCUGCUGCCUUCCUGUUUGUGUCUCAGCCUUUUCCCUUUGAGUGGCAAUCUACUUCCUCCGCCCUUACCAGUGAGCCUUAACUGUCAUUUGAUUGCUAGCUGGACCCCAGUUGCAGAAAAGUAGCAAAUGGUUACUGAUUUACAAUAGACAAUUUAAACCUCCAAAACUCUUUCUGUGGAGACAAUUUUUAGAGAAACUGGAAAAGCUGCUACAGUCAGGCCAUUGUUAAAAGAAGCAAAUAUCUGCAGUAGAUGCCUUUAAUUGUGAGCUGGCUACCAGAGAAUGACUGACCUGCUGCCUUUGCUAUCCCCAAGUGCCUUUCUUAUACAGAUAAGCAGGUUGCCUUUUUAACCUAUUGAGGACUCAGAUAGCCCUGCUCCUACUGACAAUCGUGCCUGGUCAUCACUGGGCUGCGAUGUUCCUCUUAAAGAACACUAGAAAUUACAAUGCUUUGAUGGAAGAGUGCCAGCAUUUCUGUUUAGAUAAGCAUUCUGAAUUGAACAAAUUAAGCUGGAUGGUUCAAUUUUUCUCACAACCAUGGGAGCCAUUACAGGUUGGGAGGAACCCCCUCAUCUCAGCAAUUCUGCCCUUUUAUCCCUCUUGGGAGACAGUGAAGAGUCAAGCUUCCAAAGCUGUCCAGCUACUUAUUGGUCUUUCCAGUUUUAGAGCCCAUUGCCUCCUGCCCCGAAACAGAAUCCUGUUGCUAUUCUCCAGCACACAGCAGCAUUGCCACAAGUUUCUAGAGCAAAGAGAAGCAACUGUGUAUUUUAUAGUAGUCUAAAGGUCACCCCACUGAAUUGAGGAUUUAUCCACAAGUGCUGUGUUCGGGCUAGGCAUCUCACUGAGAUGCUUUCUAAUCUUUUUGGAAUGCAGAAAAGCUGCAAAUAAGUUUGAAUGCAGGCUAAACACUAUUUGGUGCGUACAGGAGCUCACUCACUGUUGAAACAAAUAGCAGUGUACUAUUAUUCUCAUUAUUCUGUGCCUCCAUCUCUUCCAGCUAUCUCUUCUGAGAGCAGACUGUGCCUGUUGGGAGCAUUGGGAACAAAACCUUUGGUGACUUGGACUAAGCAGUGCCAGCCAUCUAGUUUUUGCAGGCUGAAUCUGAGUCUAUCAUGCAGCAAGGUCCCUCUCCCUUUUUAUUACCCCCAUCAUCCUGCAGAUAAGUUUUUCUGGCUCCUGGAUUGUAUACUCUACCCACUUGAGUUUGCAAUAGGAAGCAAUAAUGUAUUUUGUUGCCGUUGUUGCAUACCUUUACAAAUGUACCCCUUACAAGAUGGGGUUUAUGUGUCAUUGCCUUUAAUUGAGUAAACGGUUUAUGAAUCAUUGCUUCCAGCAAACCUUCACUCAAGCUCGUUAAUGAAAAUAUUAUGGCAGAGGAAUUUUGGUCAAAGAUAUAGCAACUCCAAGCCCAUCUUACUGUUGUGUGAGCUGCACACUGAUCUAGUGAUGCUGCGCUGUGAGUCAGCAUCUUCAUUCAAGACGCUAUCUGUAUAUAAAAUAUACAUAAUGUAUAUAAACUGGGAUGUAAGUUUAUGUAAAUUGUCAGUAUUUUCUUUGCAAAUAAAGCUUU